UGUUGAUCCAGCUUUACAUCCUCUGCUCAGAUCAGUUUCAGUUUCAUUUAUUCUUCUCAGCGCUGUAAACACAGGAUCAGACUGAAGCGGAGAGCAGAACUGAUCUCUACACCACCGACUCUCAUCAGUCCGGUCUGUGAGGAAGAGAUGGACAGGGUUAUCAGUUUAUUCAAGAGAUCAGACGAAGGAGGGGAUGAGGACUGUCCGAUCUGUCUGGAUAAAGUUACUGAGCGGAGGAAGCUGCAGUGUGGUCACGGGUUCUGCAGAGCAUGUCUGGAGGGCUCAGUGAAGAGCCUUGGGGAAAUCUGCCCACUGUGUAAGAAGAUCUACGGAACGCUGAGAGGAAACCAGCCUGCAGGGAAGAUGACCCACAGGCCACUCAGAGACAGACUGCCAGGAUACCCUGACUGCGGGACCAUCGAGAUCAGUUAUGUCAUACCAGGAGGAACUCAGACCGCGGAGCAUCCGAACCCCGGGAUGUAUUUCAGUGGGACGCAUCGCUACGCCUACCUGCCCGACAACCGGGAGGGACGGCAGGUUCUGGAGCUGCUGAAUAGAGCGUUCAAUCAGAGGCUGAUCUUUACUGUCGGGACCUCCAUCACUACCGGACAACAAAACACCGUGAUCUGGAACGACAUCCACCAUAAAACCAGUUUGAAUGGUGGGCCGCAGUAUUUUGGCUACCCAGACCCAGACUACCUGAAGAGAGUGAGGGAGGAGCUGAAGGCCAAAGGCAUUGAGUAAAGACUCCAGUACGGCUCCUUGUCCUGCAGCUCUGUGUACUGUAUUUUUCACACUAUAAGGCGGAUUUAAAAUCAUGUAAUUUCGUCAGUGCGCCUUUUAAUCUAGUGCGUCUUAUGUAUGAAUUUUAACAGUCAGGUUGUAAGGAGCAGUAAAGCUACUCCACUAAAGUGCAGCGUUAUACAGGAGUUUCAGUUUAGUUCUUUAGCGAUAUUAGCAUUAGCUGCUAACCACGCUAAGCACUAGCUCUUUGGCUAUCCACAGGUUGGUAUUUUCAGCUUGUAGCAUGCUGCUUAUCCCAGAUAGCACUGCUGGAGAGGUAUUAGCAUUAGCCACUAACCGUGCUAAGCGCCAGCACUUUUGUCAUUCAGAGGUGAGUAUAUCAGACUGUAGUCUGUGUGUUUACCAUGUCAAAAUAAGCUACGUGGGACACAAACCGCUAGCUAAUAUCACCCUAGCUUACCAGAACACUCAGCGUUCCUCAGUGUGUGUAGCUCUGUCGGGUAGCAUUUGCAGCUAACCAUGGUUAGCAGUUAGCCGCUAAUGCUCCAGCUUUAGUGGAAAUCUGUAAAUCUAAGCUUACGGUAAAUAAACAGAAGCACUUUACUCACCCAAGUAAACAGGUUUCAGGAGUCCGUGUAGGUUUUUUUUAAAGAAUUAACUUACAUUUUUGUUUACUUAGCUUAGCUUUACACCUGCUAAAUUUAGAAGGAAAACAUAGAAACACCCCUGUUCCUACUACUAGUUACUAGUGUCGCAAAAAUGUGCCUUGUAAUCCAGUGUGCAUUAUGUAUGAAAAUAGACCAGAAAAUACACGUUUAUUGAUAGUCCGCCUAAUAAUCCAAUGAGCCUUAAAGUGCGAAAAAUACGGCAAUACAGUGGGAUCCAUUACUGCUGGUACUACUUUUGUACAUUGUUUAAUUGCUGUUUUUUUCAUUCAUUCCAGGGAAUUGUAAAAUAUGAGAGAAUUGAGUUAGAAUUGAGUUCUAAAAGAAGCUUUCUUAGUUUAAAAAAAAAAGCUUAAAGUAUUAGGGGGUUUCCUAAUUUCUGUUAUUUCAUCUUAAAAACACUGAGAGAGAUUUACUGUAUGUUUACUCUGUGCCUUAACCCAAAAAAUAUACUUUUAUACUUUAUUUUUUUUGCUUUUUUAAAACGUGUUUGUGUGUGUGUGUUUCUCUGUUUAGUUGCUGCAUCUAUAAGUUCUGAAUGUAAGUUCUGAAUAUUUAAAUGUAAUUUUGAUCUGUAAAUUAUACAGUUAUUUAAUUUCAGAGUGAAAUAAACAGCUUCUAAAUACAGA